AUGACUGAAAGAAGCAGACAAGCAUACUCGGCAACGGUAGCCCAACCUAUCCGAAUCCCAAGAAUUGCAAUUGCUCCACCGUCUGCAACUCUCACUGGAACACAUUAUAUCACUACUCAUGCUUCAACUCUCCCUCGAAGCAAUGAUGUUCUCACUUCACCAACAUAUAUCACUGAUCAUCUUCCAUCUCGUCGUUUAUCGGAAAUCGACAGUCCCUUUUACCUCCCAAAUCUUUUAUCGUCUACAUCAGAGAGACCUCCAAGAGCACAUCUUCCAAUAAGUGGGUAUUCAACUACUCCAUUAAGAAUUCGAACCGACGUGUCUAAUCUUCCAAGAUUCGUGGAUACAGCCACUGAUUACAACACAACAGCCAGAGAUUAUAUAAGAGAACGAGCUAUUACAUCUGCUGAUAAUCGAGAAGAUUUCAUUCGAUUCUCAGAAUAUCCAGCAACUGCAGAAGUCAUUGGAUUGCAACCCCCAAGAAUGAUCACUCCAAAUGGAGGUCUCGAAACAACAAGUGUCAGAUCAAACAAUCCAAUCAUCCCAGAAACACCAGCUGACGUGGAUCGUCUUGCUCUUUUCAAUAAUACUUCACUGGGAUAUCAGAGACUAUGCUACUUCUUCUCAAGAUAUCCAGCUAUUGCAAUGACAAUCAUCUCCACAUGGAUGCUUUGGGGACGUGGAUUGGGAUUGAAUUCAGUGAAUUCAAAUGAGAAUGUAUGCUAUAUUGUUUCAUUCGUUGCUGGAGUUUUCAUUCUUUCCAGUCAAGUUGUGUUGACAACAGCUCAUGGAAAUUCGUACAAAAAACAGUCGAUUUUGUCAAACCUCUACCAUCUCUCAAACACAAUUGGAGUUCUCAUCUCAAUUACAGUCAUUGUAUUCGCUGCAAUUUCCUACCAAAAUGUGAACAGUGUCAACCAUGACACUGAUCAGUGCACGUGGAUGGAUCCUUCACUGGGAGGACUUUUGGAAUAUUAUUGUUUCACUCCAGACGAGAGAAUCGCUUUCUUGUCAAUUCUCUGUGGAGCCGCUGGGCUCAUUAUUAUUGUUUUCACUUUCAGUGGUAUCUAUGGUUGUGUUGGUCAAUCAUUGAUGAAGAAGAAACGACAAGAUGAGUUCAGAGAGUACGCCGCCGCGCACGAAAAUGCCGCUUUCAGAUUCUGA